AUGCUCGUCGUCACCAACAACGAUAUGGCCAAAGACAGAUCGAAUAGAUUCAACGCAAAAGGCCGUCAAUCUGGUUUGAAUAAAUUAAAAGAAGAUGAAAAGAUUAAGCAGCGUAAAAGAAGUAAAGUUGUGGAGGACCGUGAGAGUACAGAUGCGAAUACAAACGCCGAUUUGAUUCUUCCAAAGUCCAAGGAGCAGAAAGAACAAGAUCAACUAAGAAAACUCGAGCUCAGGAAAGAGUUGGAAUCCCAGCAGGAUGGAAAGGUUUCCAGCAAGAAGCGCAAGAGACUUGAUGCUUACAUUACUCGUCAACUCAAGAAGGAAGAACGCAAGGAGUUGAUUGACAAACUUUCCAAAUCACAAACUCCCACUGAUGCUUCGUAUCUGAAGUCAUCCGCUAACCUUGGCUCGAGGCAGCAGCACUCUGCUCAAGAUAAGCUCGAUGUCUCAGAGCAUAUCCAAGUCAAAUCUGCACUUAGAAAUGCUGGUAGAAGAGUCCAGCAUCCUGACACUAAUCAAGACUCUGAUUCUCUCUCUGAACACUCGAGUGCCUCGGAUGAUGAUGAUGUCAAUGUUCCUAUCGAUAAGCCUCAGCAACCAGCAAGCACGGUAUCCGCAUCUCAAACGUCUACAAAAGAGCACAUCAGUCCUCCACAGAAACCACCUAUAGGAAAUGCACUUGGAAGUGCCCUUGGAGCAAGUGGUGUUAAACCAAUCGUCAGACCUAGAAAAAAGAAGGCUAAAACUGUCUCUACUUUGACUCGUGGCUGGAAACUGUCAGCAAACUCUGGAGCAGCUGAACAAUCAGAGCAUGAUUCGCAAUCUUCGUUUGACUCUUCAGCUGAGGAAUCGCAAUCAGAUAACGAACAUUCUGCCUCGGAUGGCGAAAGCUCAGAAGAGGUCCUUGACAAUAACCAAAGUAAUCGCGCGAUGGCUUUCAAGGAAUGGGCACAAAAUCAAAUGAAUAAAGACUCUGAGCCAGCAUCUGAAUUUAAUGCCACUCAGAUACCCAGAGAUUAUGUGAAAUCAAAAGGUCCAGGUAGAGCAUUAGCUGGUAAAGUGGAAUUACCUUCCAACUCAAUAUUCCAAGAUUCCUCGGACCCUAAAAUAAAGCGUACAGUUAAAAUUGACAGGAGUCAAGACUUGCAAACUUCGAGAAUGCUUUUACCAGUAACUGAACUCGAGCAAGAGAUAGUUGAAACGGUACUGCUCAAUCCAAUUACAGUUAUUUGUGGUGAAACUGGUUCAGGUAAAACAACACAACUUCCGCAGUUCCUUUAUGAGCGUGCAUUUGGAUCAAAAGGCAGCUUGAAUCCUGGUAUGGUCGCAAUUACACAGCCACGAAGAGUUGCUGCAGUUUCUAUGGCAAAUCGUGUUGGUUCAGAGUUAGGCAUAGGUUCACCAAAAGUUGCAUACAAAAUACGAUACGAUGGAAAUACGAGUCCUGAAACUGCUAUCAAGUUCAUGACAGAUGGUGUUUUGCUCCGCGAGCUUGCCAAUGACUUUUUGUUGACAAAGUAUUCAGUUAUCAUUGUGGAUGAAGCUCACGAGAGAAGCGUGAACACGGAUAUUUUAAUUGGUGUUUUGUCGAGAGUAGUAGGAUUGCGUAAUAAGCGUUGGAAGGAGAAUUCAGAGAGUAUGACACCGUUGCGGUUGGUGAUCAUGUCUGCCACACUUCGAGUUUCUGAUUUUACCGAGAACAAGUCACUGUUUCAACAACAGCCACCUGUUGUUAACGUUGCAGCACGUCAACACCCUGUCACGAUACACUUUGCAAGAAGAACCUCCCCUGACUAUCUCGAAGAAGCCAUGGCUAAGACUAUAAAGAUUCACAAGAAGCUUCCUCCUGGUGGUAUACUAGUCUUCCUCACGGGUCAAGGCGAGAUAGAUUCAAUGGUCAAGAAGCUUAAACAGAGGUUUGGCAGGAAGCAUCAGUCCAAAGCACAAGUCACGUUGGAUAGUUCACGCUUGUCUAAGUCAAAUGCUGCAACUGGCGAUGUCGAGAUCGAGGAUGUAGAUUUUGGUAAAAGUGAUGACCCUGCAUUAGAAUUAGAUGAUUACGACAUUGAAGAUGAAGAGGAAGACCUUGGAGAAGAAUCUGGGUUUGAAGAAGCAAGAGAAGAUGAGAGCACCAGUCCAAUGCACGUUUUGCCACUCUACUCGCUUUUGCCUUCAGAGAAGCAAAUGCAAGUGUUUGAACCUCCACCAGAUGGAUCAAGACUAGUUGUGAUUGCGACAAAUGUUGCAGAAACAUCGCUCACGAUUCCUGGUAUUAGAUAUGUUGUGGAUUCAGGCAGAGCGAAAGAGCGUUCGUACAACGAGCAGAAUGGAAUGCAAAGUUUCGAUGUUUCGUGGAUUUCAAAAGCUUCAGCUGCUCAAAGAGCUGGUAGAGCUGGACGUACUGGACCUGGACAUACAUAUAGGCUAUACUCUUCACCAGUAUUCGAAAAUCAUUUCGAGCAAUUUGCUAAACCAGAGAUCUUGCGUAUGCCAAUUGAAGGAGUGGUACUUCAAAUGAAGAGUAUGAAUUUGGAUGUAGUCGAUAAUUUCCCCUUCCCAACUCCUCCGAAUGCAGUUGGUUUGAGUAAGGCGGAGAAGAUGCUUACUAACCUAGGUGCAUUGACAAGCACAUCGUUGACACAAGCCCAGAGUAGGUUCAAGAUAACGGAAUUGGGUCGUAGUAUGAGUCUUUUCCCUGUCACUCCAAGAUUUGCCAAGAUGCUGGUAACUGGAUUCCAGCAUGGAUGUUUGCCAUAUAUCGUAGCAAUAGUUUCAGCACUCUCGGUUGGAGAUCCAUUCCUACACGAAGAGGCAUUGAAAGCAGGUCUGAAUGAUGAUGACAGUGAAGAUGCGCGUCAGGCAGUUAGAAAGGCCUACUUCAAAACGCAACAGAAGUUUGCAUCUCUAGGCAAAAACACUAGCGAUCUGUUUAAAGUGUUAUCUGCAGUUGGUGCGUACGAAUAUGCAGGUGGUGGAGAAGCAUUCUGUCGAGCAAACUUCCUGCGCCCCAAGGCGAUGGAAGAGAUACGCAAACUGAGAGCGCAAAUCAGCUAUCUAAUUCAAAGCACUUAUCCGAGCAUAGACGCGAAAUUUAUUCCGAAACUCGACCCCCCUUCGCAGACUCAGGUGAAGGUUAUACGCCAGUUGAUAACGGCGGGGUUUAUUGAACAGGUUGCAAUACGCAAAGACUUGGUCGAAGAGAGUGAAAACUCUGGUAAGAAGUUCCAGUCGUGCCGUGGUAUUGCAUAUAAGGCAGUAGGAAUUGAGCAGGAUGUAUACAUACACCCAUCUUCAACUAUAUUUACAGAAGAGCCGCCAGGAUAUAUUACAUAUACAGAAAUAGUGUCAACAUCUCAAGCGUAUAUGAAGGGAAUCACAUCGAUAGACGUGAGCUGGUUGCACAAGCUGGGCAGGAGUAUGUGUAGAUUCUCGAAACCAAUCGAUGUACCAGCGAAUGCCAAGCUACAAACAAGCAAUACGAAGAAGGAUGUGAUCGUCGAGCCGUUCUUUGGUCCAGGCAGAGGAAUUAAGUUGCCUGCAGUAAAGAUGGAACAGGUGAAAGAUAGUCACGGACGAUGGGUGUUGUGUUGA